GCUCGUGAUCAGCACGACCGACCUCACAUCUCCGCGCCUUUCAACCUUGGCCGGCUAAAUACCGAUCUAUCCAACUCUCUCUGCAGCGAGCUUUGUUCGAUUCGCAACCUGGCUGUCCAGACUCAUCGACUGACCACAGCAUCGACAGCUUGUGCUGGCUCAAGUGCGAGUGACAGUCUGGAUGCGCCAAGCGAACACCGGAUCAUAUCCUAUAGGACGCUUCGAGUGGUCAGCCAGACGUCGCUCAUCAUAGCUGCAUCCUGUCAUGAAUAUGAGCCAUCCAACUUGGGACGACAUAUCCAAGGUGAUAUCUGCUUCACCAAGCCCAUCCUCACCCUCCAGACCAGUCCAUCCAGCAUGGUAUGACGAAGACAUCGACAUCACGGACUUCGGCCCAUCUCCACUGCAUGAUCGCAUAAAAUUGGUCAAGUGUAGCGUCUGUGGAAGGACAGUUCUCAAAGAUGCCUGGGUAUUUCACACAAAGAACUGUGCUAUCGCUGCAGGCUUGGCAGAGGGCAGAUUAUCUCCGAGUAUUCUGGCUCUGCCUAUCGACAGCCUCAACGCGAGGCGCGGCAGUCUGGAUGGAGGCAGCGACGCGGAUGUACGCUUGUCACGCAACGGCGCCGGGGGCAAGCCUUUGUCGAAGAAGGCUCAGAAGGAGGCAGAGGCUGCCCAACGUCGGCUUGAGCGCGCCAAGAAGAAGGAGGACAAGCUCAAGAACAAGAGCAAGCGAGUUGGAGCUGGGCCCCUCGAUGUGGACAGGCAGUGUGGGGUACCGACAGAGAAAGGCCUAUGCGCUCGUAGCUUGACUUGCAAGACACACAGUAUGAGAGCCAAACGAGAGGUUCCAGGACGAUCUCAACCGUACGAUGACUUGCUGUUGGAAUGGCAGAAGGCACAUAAUCCUAAUUUUGUUGCAAAACUGGAAGAGAAGGAGAGGAUGCUGGCUGCAAAUGCCGAAGCGAAAGCAAAAAGAGCAAAGGAAAAGCUCAAGGCAAAGAGAAAGGGCAAUUUAGGCAGAAAGCUCGACGCACAGACCGAUAAAGGCACUGUGCGUGUUCUGAAUGCUGAGGAGGAGGAAGAAGAGGACGAAGAUAUGGACGACGAGUUGGACAGUGUGCUGCAUUCUUUGCGAGAUGCAUCGCGGACCGCAAGCACUCGAGCAUUGCCAAUAAUGGUGCCUGACUUUGCUGGGAUAUAUACCGCGCGAAGAAGAAGGCUCAUCAGGUGUCGAGAGCUAUUCAGAACGGCUAUCGGCACUCAACCGAUGCCCUUGCCGAUACCUCCGCCCUUUGCUGUAAAUCACGACAAUACCGUCGCAACACCUAGGAACCGAGCUCGUAUGAGCGUCAGCCACGCAGCCGGAGGGCCUCUCGUUGGAACAUCGAUGCAGGUGCCGGGUGCGAAUCCAGGAGGCAGCAUCCCUACUUCAGCAGGCUUCUCAGGUCCGCCUCCCAUGGGACCCGGGGCUAUGCCCAUGGCAACUCCUCCGACUGGCGGCAUUCCUUGGAUGCACCACGCAUUCCCCAUUCCUCCCAUGCCUGGAAGUGCUGGAAUGGCACCAGGCGCUGGUCAUCCCAACAGCAUGCACCCAAACGGCCCACCUUCGGCGUCAACGGCCCCACCAAACGGCUGGCCUUCUUCACCAAACAGGGCGUUCCCAAUACCUAGCCAAUAGUCAGACGAGACGUUUGAUGUCCUUCACGAGCCACUCAGAACGUGCGCAUGGCCGGCUGCGUUUGCUCAUUUCCUUGUCCCGCGCGCGAGAGCGAUGUACAAGCUACGCCUCAUAUCGUGUAUUAUUAACAUAUACCUCAUCUUCACCAAGCAUUCACGGACAGUUUCGGCGGCAGACUCUUGUUCUCAUUGGACGUCACCAGUCUCGGUGACAUCAUUCUCGUGUGACGUGGCAUCAUCCUCUCUGCCCACUUCCUGCCCAACCGUGGCCCAUGCUCCAUCAUCUUCGUCCCCGACGCCCGUAGCUGCGCUGCCUUCGUUGUCUUUCAAAGUAUCCUCAUCGACCUCCAUCACCUCGACCAAGACAUCCUCUUCCUCAUCUUCCUCUUCAUCUUCCUCUUCCUCUUCCUCUGUGACGAUUUCUAUC